UAAUUUUGGUAUCGUCUAAAGAUUUUAAAUAAAAAAUACAUACAACACGUUUCUCUCACAUAAAUAGAUAAUAAUAAUAAUAAUAAUUCAGAAAGAAGGUAGAUUGGUUUUCGAAAAGAGUGUGCGUAGACGUGGAGUUGAAUGAUUGAAGCCAGUAGGAAGAAGAAUCAGAUGAAAGAAGAUUGUUUAUUUAAAGAGAAGCUAAAUCGUAUUUCUUGCUCAGAAUCAUCACUCUCUUUCAUCUACUGUUCCUUCUUCUUGCUUCCGAGAUGUGGAGUUACAUUUGUUUGCCAUUUUUACUCUUGUUAGGUGCGGCCAGGGCUUCCGAGUCGAUUUUCCUCCCUACUCAGAGUCCUGUCUGCUCUUCGCCGGAUCCGAGCCUGAACUACCGGCCGGUCAUCGGGAUUCUGAGCCACCCUGGCGAUGGCGCGUCGGGUCGACUGACCAACGACACGAGCUCGACGUACAUCUCGGCUUCUUAUGUGAAGUUCGCCGAGGCAGGUGGUGCUCGUGUCAUCCCUCUCAUCUACAACGAGCCUGAAGAAGUGCUCUUCCAGAAGCUUGAAUUGGUCAACGGUGUGAUAUUCACUGGUGGUUGGGCUAAAAAAUAUCAAUAUUUCGAUGUCGUCCAAAAAAUAUUCAAUAGAGCACUGGAGAGAAAUGAUGGUGGAGAGCAUUUUCCAGUAUAUGGCAUUUGCCUCGGAUUCGAGCUUAUGUCAAUUAUCAUUAGUCAGAACAGAGACAUUCUUGAAAGAUUUGAUGCAGAAGAUAAUGCUUCAAGUCUCCAGUUCGUUGAAAAUGUUAAUAUUCAAGGAACUUUAUUCCAAAGGUUUCCUCCAGAGUUGUUGAGAAAACUCAGCACAGAGUGUUUGGUUAUGCAGAAACACAAGUACGGUAUCACACCAGCAAACUUUCGAGGAAAUCCUGCUCUGUCUAGUUUCUUUGAAAUUCUCACAACCUGUGUUGAUGAAAACAGCAAGACAUAUGUUUCAACUGUUAAAGCAAAGAGAUACCCAAUAACUGGCUUCCAAUGGCAUCCUGAGAAAAAUGCAUUUGAAUGGGGAUCAUCUGAAAUCCCACACUCUGAGGAUGCGAUUCAGGUGACACAGCAAGCUGCAAGUUAUUUAGUCAGUGAAGCUAGGAAGUCACUGAACAGACCAUCUCCUGAGAAAGUGCUGAGCAAUCUCAUAUACAACUACAAGCCUACCUACUGUGGAUACGCAGGGAGGGGUUACGACGAGGUUUACAUUUUCACACAACCAAGAUCCCGUUUCUAAGAAAAAAGUCGUGCUCGUGUUUGUUCAAGAGAAACAAUUGAUUUAAUCUUAUUUUGUGUAAAUUCUAAUCUCAGUCGAUUGUUUUCGCUCGCCCUGUAUGAAAUUCCCUUGGAUGUGUGUGUGUGUGUUUAGUUCGUUUAUUUGUUUAGUACGACAUAACGGUAACGCGGGCACUCGUGAUUGUAAUGGCAUAUGUUGGAACUGGGCUCACUGAAAGCCCAAUGUGAAGUCCCUGAUACAAAACCAGAUAAAGACUCUUGAGCCGUUGAUGAGAUUUUCUUGCUAACGGCUCGUUAAUCGACGGCUAUCCAACUCCCAACAACCUCGCUCGCUCUAUCAUACAUUCAUACUCCAGUAGAUAAGUAAUGGGGCCCAGUCUUGACAGUGAUAUAAGAUAAAGAUAAUAUAAAUUUAAAUAAGCACGUUUCUUUCUUAUUGUAUUGUUUUUGUCACGACAUAACACGUUGAAGAAUCAGAUCAUAUACGAUUUAGUUUAAAAAUAAAGAAAAAAAGCAAAUCGUAUUUCUUACUCAUCAGAUCACUCUCUCUCCUCUUUCUUUCUCAACACUCAAUUCCGUUCUUCUUCCGCAGACUCAGACACAGACAUGUGGAGAUACAUCUGUCUCUGUGUACCGUUCCUUCUCUUGGUUUGGAACGAUAACUGUGUGGCGAAUGCUUCCGAGUCGAUUCUGCUCCCUAGUCAAACCGGUUCACGCUCCUUUCGUUCUUCGAGUCCUGUUUGCUCCUCGCCGGAUCCGAACCUGAACUACAGGCCGGUCAUCGGGAUCGUGAGCCACCCUGGCGAUGGCGCGUCGGGUCGCUUGAGCAAUGAUACGAGCUCCACGUACAUCGCAGCUUCCUAUGUGAAGUUCGCUGAGGCUGGUGGAGCACGUGUCAUCCCGCUUAUACACAACGAGCCUGAAGAACUGCUUUUCAAGAAGCUAGAACUGGUCAACGGUGUGAUAUUUACUGGUGGUUGGGCUAAAGAGGGAUUGUAUUAUGACAUUGUCAAGAAAAUUUUCAAGAAAGCUUUAGAGAGAAAUGACGUUGGAGAGCAUUUUCCAGUGUAUGGCAUUUGCCUCGGUUUCGAGCUUAUGUCAAUGAUCAUUAGUCAGGACAAAGACAUUCUGGAAACAUUUGAUUCAGAAAAUAGUGCAUCAAGUCUCCAGUUCGUUGAAAAUGUUAAUAUCGAAGGAACUUUAUUCCGAAGAUUUCCUCCGGAGUUGCUGAAAAAGCUCAGUACAGACUGUUUGGUUAUGCAGAACCACUACUUUGGUAUCUCACCAGCUAGGUUUCAAGGCAAUCCUGGUCUGUCUAGUUUCUUUGAAAUCGUCACAACCUGCGUGGAUGGGAACAGCAAGACAUAUGUUUCAACUGUCCAAGCAAAGAGAUACCCAAUAACCGGCUUUCAGUGGCAUCCUGAGAAAAAUGCAUUUGAAUGGGGAUCAUCUAAGAUUCCACACUCUGAGGACGCAAUCCAGGUGACACAGCAAGCUGCAAGUUAUCUAGUCAGUGAAGCUAGGAAGUCAAAGAACAGACCAGCAUCUAAGAAAGUGCUGAGUAACCUCAUCUACAACUACAAGCCUACGUACUGCGGAUACGCAGGGAGAGGCUACGACGAGGUUUAUCUUUUCACACAGCCAAGAGUUUCCCGUUUCUAAGAGAAAACGUCGUCUUCUCGUGUAUGUUCAAGUGAAGCAUAUGUGCAUGUGUUCUUUAUCUGUAUACUCCAUUAGUUUGGUUGAUUUGAUUUUCCUCUGUGGAAUUGGAUCCUUUCCAAGGAAAAUGUAAUUGUAUUUCUAGCAAUAAGAUAUCCUAUUUUCCAAUUAAAGCAUGACACGUGGACGGUGGCGAUUGGUUUCGUAAAUUGUAAAACGGAGAAUUCAAUUUAGCGAUUGGUAAUCGCUUCUCUCAUUUCCAAAUUCUUUUGACACAGAACAUCCACUUCCUCUGAGAUGUGGGGUUACGUCUUGUUACUACCGUUACUGUCUGUGUGUAAGGAUAUUAUCGCAAUGGCCAAGGCCACCGAGUCGCCUGCGGGGAUUUUCCUUCCUAGUCAAACCGGAGUUAACGAUUCACGUGUUUUUUAUUCCGUUUGCUCCGCGCCGGAUCCGAACCUGAACUACAAGCCGGUUAUCGGGAUUCUGAGCCAUCCCGGCGACGGCGCGUCGGGGCGAUUGAACAAUGCUACAAACGUGUCGUUCAUCGCGGCGUCGUAUGUGAAAUUAGCUGAAGCGGGUGGGGCACGAGUGAUCCCGCUCAUCUAUAACGAGCCCGAAGAGCUUCUCUUUCAGAAGCUUGAAUUGGUCAACGGUGUGAUAUUCACUGGUGGUUGGGCCAAAGAAGGAUUGUAUUACGACAUCGUCAAGAAAAUCUUCAAUAAAGCUUUGGAAAGAAAUGAUGCCGGAGAGCACUUUCCCGUAUAUGCCAUUUGCCUAGGAUUCGAGCUCCUCACCAUGAUCAUAAGUCAGAACACGGACAUUCUUGAGAAGGUUGAUGCAAAGAACUCUGCAUCAAGUCUCCAGUUCGUUGAAAAUGUUAACACCGAAGGAACCGUAUUCCAAAGAUUUCCGCCAGAUUUGUUGAAAAAGCUCAGUACAGACUGUUUGGUUAUGCAGAAUCAUCAGUUUGGUAUCUCGCCAGGCAGCUUUGAAGGCAAUCUUGCCCUGUCUCAGUUCUUUAAUAUUGUCACAACAUGCACUGAUGGCAACGGCAAGGCUUAUGUUUCAACCGUUCAAUCAAAGAAGUAUCCAGUGACGGGCUUCCAGUGGCAUCCUGAGAAAAACGCAUUUGAGUGGGGAUUAUCCAGGAUUCCACACUCUGAGGACGCGAUCCAAGUGACUCAGCUCGCUGCAAACCAUCUAGUCAGUGAAGCUAGGAAGUCACUGAACAGACCAUCUUCUGAGAAAGUGCUGAGCAAUCUCAUCUAUAACUACAAGCCUACGUACUGUGGAUACGAAGGGAGAGGUUACGACGAGGUUUACAUUUUCACACAACAACGAUCCCUUCUCUAAGAACAUCUCCUGUUGUGUUUGUUCGGUUGAACCAGCGAUGUUUUCUUCAACUCUGCUAGUAUCUGUGAAUCUUUUGUAACUCUGAUGAUGUAAAGGGCUUGUAUUUGUGACCUCAGUUACCAAUAUGUAUGAUGGGCUUAUACGUUAAUAUAUAUAUAUAUAUCUGACGGGCUCAAUAAAAGCCCAAUCAAGUUGGUAGCCUGAU